AUGGAGGGCGCCUUCACGCAGGUCGGUAACCACCUCGUCGGCGACUCGGCUUCCGCGAUCAACGAGGGCGACGAUAUCUCCACUCUCGACGCCGGCGAGAGCGCUCUGGACAGCGAGUAUGGCCGCAGCAACCUGAACGGCGGUCCCCGAAGGAGACGAGUCGGCGAUGAUGAUGAGACGGAUGUGUACGAUGAUGACGACCUUGAGUCGCUCGCCAGCCAUGCGGUCAACGGUGCCAAUGGACAGGCCGCCCCGGCGCAAGAGGAGGAAGUCGAGCUGCCGCCGCACGCCUGUUCCUAUUGUGGUAUUCACAACCCAAGCUCUGUCGUCAAGUGCCUGUCCUGUUCCAAGUGGUUCUGCUCUGCGCGUGGAAACACGUCCUCGAGCCAUAUCAUCAACCACUUGGUUCGCGCGCGGCACAAGGAGGUGCAGCUGCACCCGUCUUCCCCAUUGGGAGACACGACACUGGAGUGCUACAACUGCGGUACCAAGAACGUCUUCCUACUGGGGUUCAUUCCUGCCAAGAGCGACACUGUCGUCGUGCUUCUCUGCCGUCAGCCAUGUGCAGCGAUGCCCAGUAGCAAAGACAUGAAUUGGGACACCUCCAAGUGGCAGCCUCUUAUCGAAGACCGUUCAUUCCUUCCUUGGUUGGUGAACGCGCCAACUGAUCAGGAGCAGAUGCGUGCUCGCCAUCUCCCGCCACAGAUGAUUGCCAAAUUGGAAGAAAUGUGGAAAGACAACAGCAGUGCGACUAUUCAGGAUUUGGAGAAGGGAACUGGAGUGGACGACGAGCCUGCUCCCGUCUUGAUGCGCUAUGAUGACGCGUAUCAAUAUCAGAACGUCUUCGGUCCGCUUGUCAAGAUCGAGGCAGACUACGACCGGAAGCUGAAGGAAGCCCAAAGCCAAGACAACUUGAUUGUGCGCUGGGACUAUGGCUUGAAUAACAAGCACCUCGCUUCGUUUGUCCUGCCAAAGCUCGAACUGGGAGAUGUCAAGCUAGCUGUUGGCGAUGAAAUGCGUCUCAGAUACACUGGCGAACUGCGGCCACACUGGGAAGGUGUUGGAUAUGUCAUCAAGAUCCCCAACAAUCAGAGCGACGAGGUAACGAUUGAACUGCGAGCUAGAGGCGACCACAAGUCUGUACCCACCGAGUGUACGCACAACUUCACCGCAGACUACGUCUGGAAAGCCACCUCUUUCGACCGGAUGCAGCAUGCCAUGAAGACAUUUGCUCUGGAUGAGAUGUCAGUCUCGGGCUACAUCUUUCACCGUCUGCUCGGACAUGAGGUCGCUGCAGCGCCGAUGAAGGUCCAAAUGCCGCGCAAAUUCAGUGUGCCCAACUUACCGGACCUCAACGGUUCUCAGAUUCAGGCUGUCAAGUCAGUUCUGCAGAAGCCAUUGAGUCUGAUUCAAGGUCCACCUGGCACUGGAAAGACGGUCACGUCCGCCACGAUUAUUUAUCACCUGUCUAAGCUCAACGGUGGCCAGGUCCUCGUGUGCGCCCCGUCCAACGUGGCUGUCGAUCAGCUCUGUGAACGCAUCCACAUCACCGGUCUGAAGGUUGUCCGUGUUACUGCCAAAUCUCGAGAGGAUGUGGAGUCCAACGUCGGCUUUUUGUCUCUGCACAGACAGGUCCAGAUGAAUGACACCAACGUCGAACUGGCGAAGCUCAACCAGCUUAAGGCUGAGCUUGGCGAACUCUCUAGUCAGGACGAGAAGAAGUUUAAGACCCUCACACGUGCUGCUGAGCGGGAGAUCUUGCAGAAUGCAGAUGUCAUCUGCUGCACUUGUGUGGGCGCUGGCGACCCGAGACUGGCCAAAUUGAAGUUCCGCACGGUCCUCAUUGACGAGAGCACGCAGUCGGCAGAGCCGGAGUGCAUGAUUCCAUUGGUGCUCGGCUGCAAGCAAGCUGUACUCGUUGGAGACCACCAGCAAUUGGGACCCGUCAUCAUGAACAAGAAGGCCGCCAAGGCUGGCCUGAACCAGUCCCUUUUCGAGCGGCUCGUCAGCUUGGGGUCUUCACCCAUCCGUCUUCAGGUACAAUAUCGUAUGCAUCCUUGCCUCUCGGAGUUCCCAUCCAACAUGUUCUACGAAGGGUCUCUGCAGAACGGCAUCACCAUGCAACAGCGCUUGAGGAAGGACGUGGACUUCCCGUGGCCGGUAGCCGACAACCCGAUGAUGUUCUGGUCGAACCUGGGUAACGAGGAAAUCAGCGCUUCUGGAACAUCCUACUUGAAUCGUACCGAGGCACAGAAUGUGGAGAAGAUCGUGACACGAUUCUUCAAAGCCGGUGUUAGUCCCGCAGCCAUUGGCAUUAUCACGCCAUACGAGGGACAGCGCUCUUAUGUUGUGCAAAGUAUGCAGCAGACAGGCACAUUCAAGAAAGACCACUACAAGGAGAUUGAAGUUGCUUCGGUGGAUGCUUUCCAGGGGAGAGAGAAAGAUUUCAUCGUGCUGUCUUGCGUUCGAAGCAACGACCAUCAGGGCAUCGGCUUCUUGAGUGACCCGCGGCGGCUUAACGUUGCUCUGACUCGUGCCAAGUACGGUCUGGUAAUUUUGGGCAAUCCAAAAGUACUUAGCAAGCAUCCGUUGUGGCACUACCUCUUGCUACACUUCAAGGAACGCAAUUGCUUGGUCGAAGGCCCACUGAACAACCUACAAGUGUCUUUGCUCCAAUUUAGCCGGCCUAAGACCUCCUACCGUGGACCACAGCGCUACCAGAUGGCGUAUCAGCACGCCAACCACAUGGCUGCUGCCACCGGAAAUCGCAUGAACGGCCGACGAGAUGGGCCACCCGGAGCUGACAACGGAAGCAUCAUCGGCUACAUUCCCGAUGAUGUGUCUUCGGUGCACUCUUCCGCUCUCGGUGGUGCUGCGCUGCCCAGCCAGUACCCGCCGAUGUUCCAAGGGUUUCAAGAGGCUUGGCCUACUCUCUCAGGCCCUCAGCGCAAUGGUACGAUUGGCGAAAAGACUCACGCUCCUCCCGAGUCUGUGGCUGGCGAGAGCGUUGCUGCGAGUGAGAUCACGGACGUUACUACGAAUGGCACGUCCAAGCCUGGACACGGCGGCGUAAGCUUGGCGGGCCUCAGUAUCAAUGACCUGAACAAGCAGGCGUCGCUUUCCCAGUCUGACAAACUUCGUCGGUACGUCGAAGCUCAAGGUGCACCACAGCCUCCGAUCGGUGCUGGAAGAGCCCGACCACAGCACCUGGAUGAAGAUGCCCAGAGCGUCAGUACUGCCUUUGCAAGCCAAGUCGGUGGUGGUGGGUAUGACUGA